GCUUUCCUUCCAUUGUUAGAGAUGCUGGGCUUCAGACGCUCUCCAGAAAAACACAAAAACAAACACUAUUACAACCCUCAACCUUAAUCAUAACCACCAAAAUACACCUCAAAAUUAACAUGGAAGCCUUUAAUGCGAUUGACGCCAUCAUCACCGCCACCAUCGUCAUCACCAGGAGCCAUGGGGGACUACCAGGCAUCACCCAUGGACGAUCUCGGUGUGGACGGCCCUGAGUUUACAUGCGACUGGUUCACAUGUGGGCUGUGUGGCCUCCAGACGUCCUCGAUCGAAGGAUAUGUCAGCCAUAUGAUCCUACAGGAGAGAUGCGUCCUACACCUGUGUCCUUCGGGGGCUGUCCGUGACCUCCUCCUCCCCCGAUUCUCAAAACGGAGGAAGAGGAGGAGAAACCACAGCGAAGAGGAGGCGAGGGAGGAGGAGGAGGAUGUGAAGGAGAGAAGAGAAGGAGGAGGAGGAGGAGGAGGAGACACGAAGGUGGAGGUGCAGGCGGAGGAGGUGGAGAUGGGGGAUGUGAGGAGGUGGAAAUGCCAGUUAUGUGGACUAACCUUCUCCCGCCAGGCUGCCAUCCUCAACCACUUCAAAUUACAGCACAGGGUUGGCGGAAUAUCUGGCAGCCCUUGUGACAACCCGAACUCCCGCGCACCCCAAGUGAAGGAGGAGACGGCUGCAGCGAUGGCGGCCGCUCCCGUGAGGCAUAUCAUCGCUGUCGAGACCCAAGGCAGCCUGGACCCCAUGCCGCAGGUUCAGGAGGAGAGCAGCAAGGCGUGGCGGGAGCUGGGAUGUCACCGAUGCGGACAGAUUUUUAAGACUGGCAAAAUACUGCGCGCUCACAUCUCGGUGGUUCACAGCGAGGGGCGGCCCUUCCAAUGUGACUUCCAGGGCUGCUCCUAUGCCUUCAAGACCAAGGGCUCCCUCAAGAGGCACCAGCGAAGACAUACAGGGGAGCGUCCAUUUGCGUGUCAACAAUGUGGGCGGCAGUUCCGAGAGUCCGGCUCCCUGACGCGACACAUGCAGGCCCAGAUCUCGUGUGUCAGAAAGUCCGAUGCGCAAAUUCCUUUAUAUGGCCGUACCCUGCCCCUGCACCCCCCGCCCCACGCUGACAGGAAGCCCAGCGUAUCGCUCGACAUCAAGUUCAGUCUCAAGCAGGAGUUGUCAUCCGCCGAGGAGGACCCAUCAACCAGGCUACCGACACCAUCCGCGGCUGCCGCCCACCUGGAUGAGAGCAAGGCGGUGUUACGGAGCCAAUUAGCGACAGGUGGCCCAGGUGGCCAUAUGGUGAAGGUCGAGAGUGGCGGCCCCAGCGCUGGCCCUCCGCCACUCCACGUGUGCAAGACGGAGCCACAGCCGCCACCGCCUCCGCCGCCCUCAUCCACCUGCUCCACUCCUCCACCUCGACCCUUGGAGAACACAGACACAGGUAAUGGCAGGGAGGAGGAGGAAGAGGAGGAGGAGGACAUCAAGCCCCCGUCCUUCCUUCCGGACAUCCUACGGAACUCCUUCACCUGCCCUGUCUGCUUCAAGUCCUACACACAGCGUCCUGCCCUGGCGCUCCACAUAAAACUCCAUCUGGACGAGCUCGGUGACAGCUGUAGCGAGUGCCAUCGGAGGUUCACGUCGCGCCAGGCUCUGGGGCGGCACCUCUCGGCACACUCUUCGCUGCGUCAGUUCGAGUGCGGCGAGUGCGGGAAAACCUUCAAGCUGCUGAGCCACGCCAAGACGCACCUCCUCGCGCACUCCUCCGUCAAGAGUGUGCCCUGCCGAUACUGCCCUAACCUGUACAAGACUAAGAGUGCCAGGAACAUGCACGAACGCACACACACCAGCGCGCCGUCCUUCCCCUGCGUGGAGUGCCAGCGAGCGUUCGCCACCAAGGCCUCUCUCGUCCGGCACCUCAGGACACACACCGGGGAGGCGCCCUUCUCCUGCCGGCACUGUGGGCGCACCUUCAAGGAACAUGGCACCCUCGCUAGGCACCUCAGGCAUAAGGUGCCAUGUGCCCAGCAAGCCAGGAUGGACCGACAGCUGGGUGGUGAUGUUGGCAUUCAUCUCCUACCGCCCAGCGAGACCUCCACCAUCAAGGACGAGGGCAGUGGGGCGAGAGUGGAUGAGGAGGACCCUGCCAGCGACACAGACCAGGUGUCCGAGGGUGGUACCAGCAGCAUCUUCAGGGAGAGAGAGGAGGAGGAGGAGGAGGAGGAGGAGGAAGAGGGUAGCAACUUGGAAUGGAACGAAGAAGAAGAUGCGGAAGAGGAGGAGGAGGAGGAGGAGGAGGAGGGGGGGCUAGCAGAAGGAUGCAGACCCCCAAGGAUUCUGCUAAUGGGGAAGGACUCCUCUGCUUCCCUCCUAACUCACUCUUGAAUAUGUGAACUCUCUCUCUCUCUCUCUCUCUCUCUCUCUCUCUCUCUCUCUCUCUCUCUCUCUCUCUCAAACGCUUUUUUUUUCUCUAUCUUUUUCUGGUUAACUCCUUUCCGAAUGCAUAAUCUCUCUCUCUCUCUCUCUCUCUCUCUCUCUCUCUCUCUCUCUCUCUCUCUCUCUCUCUCUCUCUCUCUCAAACGCUCUUUUUUCUCUCUCUUUUUCUGGUUAACUCCUUUCCGAAUGCAUAAUAUCUCUCUCUCUCUCUCUCUCUCUCUCUCUCUCUCUCUCUCUCUCUCUCUCUCUCUCUCUCUCUCUCUCUCUCUCUCUGCUGUAUGUGUAAUCUUCCUAGUCAAAGGUAAUCAAUUUAAGAUGUCGCUAAUUCUCAAAGCCUAAAUCCCCUAUCCAAUUCACCCAUAUAAAAACCCUCUCGCAAGUCACUGGUAUUUUCACGAACUGCUUUAUGACGCUGGUGAUAGCCUGGCACUGGGACUGAAGAUAUUAUUAAAACAUCAUCAUCAUCA